AUGAAGGGAGAUCUAAGAACAGGGUUUUACGUGAUCUUGGUGGUGACGCUAUAUGCGUUUACGGUCAUUGUAAAACUCGAAGCAGCCUCGUCGGAGACAAAGACAUGUUUUCAAAGGAAGAGCCCAUGUUUCCUUAAGAAGCAAACUUGCCCAAAGCAGUGCCCUUCGUUUUCUCCUCCAGCAGGAAGCACCAAGGCAUGUGUCAUUGAUUGCUUUAAUCCUAUUUGCAAAGCUACUUGUCGAAAUAGGAAACCUAACUGCAACGGCAAAGGAUCAGCAUGCUUAGACCCACGAUUCAUCGGUGGAGACGGAGUUGUCUUCUACUUCCACGGCAAACGCGAUGAGAACUUUGCACUCGUCUCCGACGUUGACUUCCAAGUCAAUGCACGUUUCAUUGGUCUUAGACCUUCUGGCCGUAGUAGAGACUUCACAUGGAUCCAAUCCUUGGGUCUUAUCUUCGGCCACAACAGCAAAACCUUCUCACUCGAGGCCACAAAGGCUGCGAAAUGGGACAACCAAGUCGACCAUCUCGGUCUUUCUUUCGAGGGGAAAGAGAUCUCUUUACCAAAAGGAGAUGCAUCUGUAUGGAGUUCUUCAAGAGAGGAUAUAAAGAUUGAGAGAACUUCAGACUUAAACUCCGUGUUGAUCACGUUACAAGACAUUGCAGAGAUUUGGGUCAACGUGGUUCCGAUAACAAAGGAAGACGACAUAAUCCAUAGAUACGGGAGACCGGAGGAUGACUGUUUUGCUCAUCUUGAGGUUCAGUUCCGGUUCUUAAAGUUGUCCAAGAACGUGGAAGGUGUUUUAGGAAGAACGUACAGAGAAGAUUUCAAGAAUCCGGCGAAACAAGGAGUGGCUAUGCCAGUGGUUGGUGGAGAAGAUAAAUACAGAACAGUGUCACUUCUUGAAACAAAUUGUAAUGCUUGUGUUUACUCUAGUGGCUUAAUAAGUUUGGACAAGGUCGAGCCAUUGCUGCUGAAUCAAAACACUGUUGAUUGCACUGGUGGAUCGAGCAGUGGUGUUGGGAUUUUCUGUAGAAAAUAAAGACAAUAUUUUAUUAUUUAAUCGUAAGGAAUAAUCAAAGUUUCAUCAUGUUGGAAGCGUUGAUGUUGCGAUGAUAGUUAAAAUUGUUUUUAAUCAACAUCGGCUCUACAAUAAAAAAAGCCUUAAAGAA